AUGGAAGGAUGCGACCCGGCUGAAAUAUUUACUAACUUUCAAUGCAACUCCACCUUGCUACACCUGAAGUGCUUCAUGGUCCUCAACAAAUCAGAAAAACCCAUUAUCGCUGUGCUGUGCCUCAGCAUUGGUGGCCUUUGCAUCGUAGAGAACUCCUUGGUCCUGUACCUCAUCUUUUCUUCUUCAAAGCUUCGGAAGAAACCUUCUUACAUCCUUCUCAGCAGCCUGGCCUUAGCAGACACACUGGCGACUAUUACGUUUGUGAGCAGCUUUCUUAACUUCCAUGUUUUUAAUAGGAAAAGUGCUUCCAAGGAGAUCUACUUGCUAAAGCUUACUGGAGUCAACACCUCCUUCACAGCUUCCCUUGGCAGCCUGUUCCUGAUGGCCUUUGACAGGUACAUCUGUCUUCUCCAGCCCAGCCAGUACAAGCAGCUGGUCACCAGAAGAAGAGCUGUGGUGGCUCUGUCGGUGCUGUGGGUUACUGCCCUGUUCCUAUCUUCCUUGCCCCUUUUGGGAUGGAACUGCUGUAGUCUCCAGUCUACCUGCUCCCAGCUGUUCCCUUUUGUUGCUAACAGCUAUCUCUCAAGCUGGAUCAUCCUGGUUCUGGUUCUCCUGGUUUCCAUCAUCUAUGCAUACAUGCACGUCCUUUGGAAGGCUCACCAACAUACCCUGAACAUGAAGAAGCACCAUCUGGAAGAAAGCCAACAAAACCCCAAGAGGAGAAUUGACAUCAAGCUGGCCAAGACUCUGUCGAUCGUCCUGAUGGUCCUGGUGAUAUGUUGGUCACCUGGUUUGUUACUCAUGGCCUACAGCCUCUUUUCAACAAUGGACAAAUUUGCCAGGGUAGCCUUUGCCUUUUGCAUCACCCUCUGUCUGGUGAACUCAAUGGUGAACCCAGCUAUCUACGCCCUACGAAGCAAGGAGCUAAGCUCUUCCCUAAGGCGACUCUGCUCUUGUUUGCGGAAGGUGUUGGCCAAUUCAGAGACCAACCAGGAAGCAGAAAGCUCUUGA